GUGGUCACUGUGCACCUUGGGUAAGAAAUAGUGCUGUGCUGGCUUUGGAUCCAGUCCAGCGCAGUCCCAGUGGUGGUGGCCACAGAGGUGCUUGUGUCACCCCUCCAACAGCUCCAGGCAACUCGGCACAACGAGAGACACUUCAUUUGUUCAGGGAAAAGUUAAGGAAGAGGAGAAGAGUCUCUGCCUGGUAAUCCAGGGAAUUCUACUGCAUCUUACCAAGACAAUCUUACCAAGACAAUCAAGGUAGUAUCUCUACAAGUCUGCAAGAGCCACAGUGUUACUGGGCUUGAGGUAUCCCAUAAUGCAGAUACAGCUGCAGUGACCAAAGUUUUAGAUCACAACACUUCAUUCCUCUUGAAUACCUGGAAAGCCUUCCCAAGAAGGACAGAUACAAACUACUCCAGACUGCAAAGACUAUAAUAAAUACCUAACUGUUCAAUGCCCAGACAUUGCUGAACAUCCACAAGCACCAAAACCAUCCAGGAAAACAUGACCUCACCAAAUGAAGUAAAUAAGGCACAAGUGGCCAAUCCCGGAAUGACAGACAUGUGACCUUUCAGACAGAAAAUUCAGCAUAGCUGUUUUAAGGAAGCUCAAUGGAAUUCAAGACAACACAGAGAAGGAAUUCAAAAUCCUACCAGUUAAAUUUAACAAAGAGAUUGAAAUAGUUUUUAAAAAUUAAGCAAAAAUUCUGGAGUUGAAAAAUUUAACUGACAUACUGAAGAAUGUAUCAGAGUCUUCCAACAGCUGAACUAAUGAAGCAGAAUAAAUAAUUAGUGAGCUUGAAAACAGGCUGUUUGAAAACACAGUCAGAGGAGACAAAAGAAAAAAGAAUAAAAAACAAUGAAUCACACCGACAGGAUCUGUAAAAUAGCCCCAAAAGGGCAAAUCUAAGAGUUAUUGGCCUUAAGGAGGAGGCAGAAAAACAGAUAGAGUAGAAAGUGUAUUCAAAGGGAUAAUAACAGAGAAAAUCCCAAACCUAGAGAAAGAUAUCAAUAUUCAAGUACAGGAAGGUUAUAAAACACCAAACAGAUUUAACUCAAAGAAGAUUACCUCAAAGCAUUUAACAAUCAAACUUCCAAAGGUUAGGAAUAAAGAAAGGAUAUUAAAAGCAGCAAGAGAAAAAAAGUAAAUAACAUACAAAGAAGUUCCAGUAUGUCUGGCAGCAGACAUCUCAGUGGAAACCUUUCAGGCCAGGAGAGGGUGGCAUGACAUAUUUAAAGUACUGAAAGAAAAAAGAAAAAAAAACUUUCCUCAUAAAAUAGUAUACCCAGCAAAAAUAUCUUUUAAACAUGAAGGAGAAAAUGUUUUCCCAGACAAAGAAAAGCUGAGGGAUUUCAUCAAUACGAGACCUGUCCUACAAGAAAUGCUAAAGGAGUUCUUCAGUCUGAAAGAAAAGGAUGUUAAGCAAUAAAAAAUCAUCUGAAGGUACAAAAUCCACUGAAAACAGCAAGUACACAGACAAACUCAGAAUAUUAGAACAUUGUAAUUGUGGUAUAUAAAGUACUCAUAUCUUGAGUAGAAAGACUAAAAGAUAAACCUUUCAAAAAUAAUAAUUACAACAUCUUUUCAAGACAUAGUAUAAUAAGGAAUAAAUAGAAAUGACUAAAAGUUUAAAAGUGGGAUGAAUUGAGUUAAAAAGUCAAAUUUGUAUUAGUUUUCCUCUUAUUUGUCUGCUUAUUGUUUUUGUUUGUUUUUGAAAUCAGUGUUAAGUUGUUGUCAGCUUAAAAUAAUGGGUUAUAAGAUGUUAUUUGCAAGCCUCAUGGUAACCUCAAAUCAAAAAACCUACCACAGAUACACAGACAAUUAAAAGUGAGAAAUUAAAGCAUACCACUAGAAAAAAAAUUACCUUCACAAAAAGGAACACGGGAAGAAAAGAAGGAAGAAAGAGAAGACUGCAAAACAACCAGAAAGCAAGCAAUAAAAUUGCAGGAGUACAUCUUUACAUAUCAAUAACAACAUUGGAUGGAAAUAAAUGAACAUCUUCAAUCAAAAGACAUAGAGUGGCUGAAUGGAUUUAAAAAAAAAGACCAAAUGGUCUGUUGCCUACAAGGAACACACUUCACCUAUAUAUACACAUAGGCUAAAGAUAACGGAGUGGAAAAAGAUAUUCCUUGCAAAUGAAAACCAAAAAAGAGCAGAAGUAGCUAUUCUUAUAUUGCAUGAAAGAGAUUUCAAGACAAAAACUAGUGAUGGACUAAGAGCUCCAGCUGGGGAAGUGUCACUGCCAAGCCUGCAGCCUGACGCCCUCUCAAUAGUGCCUGCAUUGGGUGUCACAGCACCUGUCUGAGCACUGGGCACACCCAAGAGCAGGCUCAGCUCCCACCCAGCCUUCCCAUCUUGGCUGCUGCUUGGAGCCUGUACUGUCACUGCUGCCCUUUCUCUCAGGCCACACAGCCCAGUAAACACAGCCACAAGCUAUAUCGACAGUGCCCAUGUUCUGCUGCUGAGCCACCAUAGAGUCACUCAAUCCUUGGAGCCUAAAUAUACACAGCCCUGCUCUCAGACAUACUUCCAUUAGAUUUAAUAGCCAGCCUUCAUCAAUACUAAUUUUCAGCUAUGGAAUCAAAUAUAUAUAGUCCUACUCUGGGACACACCUCUACCAGAUUUAAUAGACAUUCCUCAUUAACACUUUCAUCUAUGGAAUUGCAGACAGUUGAUGAUGAAGCAAUGAUAUCAUAAAUGAAUAUCAAGUCAGGGAAGCAGAAUGAUGCCCAAGGGUGGAUGUUCUAAAACAUGACAAGAAUUUUCUCUCAGUGAUGACAUGGCAGAGAAAUAAGCUAGGAAAAAAUGAUAAGAUAAAGUUUCUCUAACCAAGACCUCAAAGCUGGACUACAGUGAUGGAGGGAAGGAAUUGAGAGAGCAAGCCACCAAGCGGAAGCUGCUCUUCACCCUAGUGGGGGCAAUGGAGAGCAGAAGGACUCAGGCACAGAUGCUUCCAGCCAGCCCAGUCUCUGUUGUGGUACUGCAAGGUUGAUACACUCCCUGACGCACCACAGCAUGAGAUGGAGGUUCCUACAGCCAAGAAGAAAGAGAAGCAGGUUCUGAGCAGAAGACGAUUAAGAAGGAGCCUGUCAUCCAGAAGUCCAGCCUGCUAUUCGGCAUGGGGCUAUCAGGGAUCCAAGCCAGCUACCUCAUCUCUGAACACCAGCAGGUGACUCUUCCCAUGCAGAUGACAGCCAAGGAGUCUGAAAACAGCCCAGAGGACAAAACACCAAAUCACCCCUCCCAGUCUACAGUGUGUUGGAAGGGAAUAGCUAACUCUGCCUCAAAAAACAAAGAUAAAGGGAACAAGACAAACAAACAAGAAGAGACCUUUCUGCACUGAGCUGCCAUCUGAAGGGAUAUCCAGGACUUCAAAGGGCUCAUUAGUGAGUGGAUGGACAUCAACACCAAGGUCUUCACAGGCUGGACAGUGCCGCAUGUGACAUGUAACAAGGGAUAUUACACGGUUGCAAAGCAGCCACUGGCCCCAGGUACAGAGGUGAACACUAAGGGCCUGGUGAACACUACGCCUUUGCAGAACACCACCAACAACAGGCAUGACAAGAUUGGCAACUUCCCUUGGCCCUUCACACGUCUGCUCUGUCCUGAUGUCUGGGUCAUUCUGUAGCUUCGUGUUCCCCUAUCCUAGCUAGUCUCAUGGUGCUGGGCAUGAGGAAGUAAGUUUUUGCCUCCCUAACCUCAAAGACCAGCUGUCCCCUCUAUCUGGCCCCAGCUUUCUCACCUUGGAUCGGUACCUGAACAGCCUCUCACAGUAUUCACAACAAGCACCAUCUAAAAAAAAAGGCUUAUAUCCAUGAAACAUGUAGGUCUGGUUGUGUUUUAUCAGGUGAAGGAUUACACCAAGUGGAAGGAGGCCUGCAGGAGUUGCUGCUGGUCCCUGUCGUUGUCACUGUGGGACUGUUAGACCCGCAAGGCAGAUCCAUCCAAGUCUGGAAUGAGGUAAUACCAUUCCACAGGUAUAGCCAGUGCAUAGGAUGAUAGAAUCAAGAUUCAAAAAAUGACGAUUAUAACCAGCUCAGAAGCAGUGAGCACUAAGAGGACUCAGCCUUCAUGGAGAAGUGGCUGUUUCCAGGUCUGAAGCAAGGAAUAACAUGAUGUACCCAAAACCCUCUGUCUUGCUGGAAAGGAGGGCUGGAACUCACAGGUGGGGAGGGUCUUAAGUAAUCAUCACAGCUCUGUGAAGAGCCCCCUGGCCAUAGGCAGUAUAGUUGGAGUGUGGUAAGGACAAGGCCAGGGGGACAAAUGAGGCCACAUCUGCUUGCAUCCAUCAUACUCCUUUAUGGCAAGUCAUGCCUGGCUAUUGUGGGAGAUGCUGGAAUCCACAGUGCCUAGGGUGUAAAAAACAGUUGCAAAAUGACAAGUCACUGUGGGGGAUGGAGGGGACUCUGAAUUAAAGAUUUCUGUGACAAUCAGGGAAACCUGAACUGAUUACAUAUUUGAUGUUAAAAAAAAUCCUAUUAAAUUUUUAGGUAAGACAAUGGCAUUAUGGUUUGUUUUGUUUGUUUUUUUUUAAGGGCCCUUCCAGAGAAAUGUACUGAAAAAGUCUACGCAAUGUCUGGGAUUUGCUAAACAAUACCUGGAAAGCAGACAGGUCUUUUUGUCAUUCCUCCAGGACAUCCACCAUAAGGAAAGGAGACCCUGGACCAACAUUCUCUAAGAUGUUUAUAUGGACCAGUGGCCGGACCUCUUCAUCUUAUAGACAUGAUGAAAAAAGAAAUAUUUACCAGAAAAUCAGGGACCAUGACCUCCUGGACAAAAGGAAAACAGUCACAGCACUGAAGGCAGGAGAGGACCGAGCUAUUCUCCUGGGACUGGCUAUGAUGGUGUGCUCCAUCAUGAUGUAUUUUCUGCUGGGAAUCACACUCCUGCGCUCAUACAUGCAGAGCGUGUGGACCGAAGAGUCUCAAUGCACCUUGCUGAAUGCGUCCAUCACGGAAACAUUUAAUUGCUCCUUCAGCUGUGGUCCAGACUGCUGGAAACUUUCUCAGUACCCCUGCCUCCAGGUGUACGUUAACCUGACUUCUUCCGGGGAAAAGCUCCUCCUCUACCACACAGAAGAGACAAUAAAAAUCAAUCAGAAGUGCUCCUAUAUACCUAAAUGUGGAAAAAAUUUUGAAGAAUCCAUGUCCCUGGUGAAUGUUGUCAUGGAAAACUUCAGGAAGUAUCAACACUUCUCCUGCUAUUCUGACCCAGAAGGAAACCAGAAGAGCGUUAUCCUAACCAAACUCUACAGUUCCAACGUGCUGUUCCAUUCACUCUUCUGGCCAACCUGUAUGAUGGCUGGGGGCGUGGCAAUUGUUGCCAUGGUGAAACUUACACAGUACCUCUCCCUACUAUGUGAGAGGAUCCAACGGAUCAAUAGAUAAACACAAAAAUGGAUAAAAUAAUUUUUGUUAAAGCUCAAAUACUGUUUUCUUUCAUUCUUCACCAAAGAACCUUAAGUUUGUAACGUGCAGUCUGUUAUGAGUUCCCUAAUAUAUUCUUAUAUGUAGAGCAAUAAUGCAAAAGCUGUUCUAUAUGCAAACAUGAUGUCUUUAUUAUUCAGGAGAAUAAAUAACUGUUUUGUGUUGGUUGGUGGUUUUCAUAAUCUUAUUUCUGUACUGGAACUAGUACUUUCUUCUCUCAUUCCGCCAAAACAGGGCUCAGUUAUUCAUUUGCCAAGCUUCGUGGAGGAAUGUAGGUGACAUCAAUGUGAUAAAGUCUGUGUUCUGAGUUGUCAGAUCUCUUGAAGACAAUAUUUUUCAUCACUUAUUGUUUACUAAAGCUACAGCCAAAAAUAUUUUUUUUUCUUAUUCUAAACUGAGCCCUAUAGCAAGUGAAGGGACCAGAUUUCCUAAUUAAAGGAAGUUAGGUACUUUCCUUGUAUUUUUUACCAUAUCACUGUAAAGAAGAGGGGAAACCCAGCCAGCUACUUUUUUUCAUCACUUUUUAUUCAUAACUUCAGAUUUGUAAAACUAAUUUCCAAAAUAUAAGCUGUUUUCAUUAGCCAGUUCUACAAUAUCUUCCUGUGAUUUAUGUAGAAAAUGAACACACCCCUUUUCCAUUUAAGACCCUGCUACUGUGUGAAGAGAUGAUACUUACAAGGAGUGUCAUUACCUGUGAGCUGACUGAAUGUUGGUAGGUGCUCCAUUACAAUCCAGGAAAGUCUGUGUUACUGAUAUUUGUGUGGAAAUCUUUAUUUCAUUUCAAUUUAACCAUUAGAUGGUAAAAUUAAGAUGCUACUUGUUGGUAAAAAUUGGUGGACUGGUUUCAAUGGCUAAAUCUGUUGUGGCAAAUUAAUGUGUUGGAAUAUUGCUCUUUGUGAAUUUGUGCUUAAGUCAAUGAAUGUGUAGUAUCUCCUUCUGACAAGCAUUCCCUAUUGGGAUUUUAAAGCUAUGUGCACAGAAUAUUAGUCUCUUCUACAUGUUUUAUUUUUCUAUUUAUAAUUCCCUUUUUUGUUGUUAUAUUUUAUACACAGAAUAGAUCUUUUUUCUAACACAUAUUUGAACUGAAUAACAGACUUAAAGAAAGCCUUUGUUCACAUUGCUAUUUACUUUUGUGUUUGGGGGAAAAUACGAGGGAUUGAUUUUAAAUAAAAAACAUUCCAUCUUUCAUUUAAUAUCAAUAUCAAAAGAAGAAGACAAACAUCUAUCUUUCUCAUCUAUAUUUAAGUACCUUUUUGUAAUGUAGUAUCAAAGUUUUUUAGGUAAUGCAAAAUUUUACAAAUCAUUUGUGGAAUGAAUGGUAAAACUAAUCUGAUGAAAUGGAAAAUUAUUCUGCAAUAUUGUAAUUCAUAGUUUGACUUUUCAUAAGCAAAUAAAUCCCUAGGAUGUAAUCAGGACUUCAAAUGUGUAAUUAAAUUUUUUUUAAAAAAAUCUAUUAAAUUGCAAGAUUUGAAUACUUCUUGCAUUCUGAGCUGACAAGCCCAUGGUAGUCCAAAAAUUUGUAUUUCAAUACCUUUAAAAAUAUUUUGAGUGAUUACAAAGA